AUGGACGGCACAAGCGUCACCAGUUUAUGUUUCAAGGAUGUGUUUAAAAGCCUCAAAAACAACUGGCCCGGUAAGUGAUAUAUUUUCAUCUGGGGCGGGCUUAUUUGGCCUAAACGGGUAUGUACCGAGGAACAGGGUAUGGUUUUCAGGGUCCUGAGUCUUGAAUUCCCGUAUUUAUAGAGCAAUUUUCUUAUGACCUUGCAAAACAGAAACAAUAAACAAACGGAAAUUGAGCGAUUUGACUGGUUUAUCGAACGGAUACAAACGCGCGUAGCUUUGGUUGGUUAAGCGAACGCUCCGGCGAAAAAACUUCAUGCCCGAGAACAUUCUACAAAUCGCUUUGACGUCGUACUGCAACGCGAUUGGCCAACUGAUCGAACAAUGCCUUCUCCACAUUAGGGUUUUCUUUGGCGUGAAAAGGAAUAGUCCAUGUUUUGAUCUUUUUCAUCCAUUGGCUGAUAAAACAUUAAUAGUUAUAGAAACCAUUUUUUCAUGUUAUACGAAAAUCGCUCCAUAAGUGACUUAAACAGGACAAGUUUCUGCAACGGAAGACUUUAAACUAGUGCAAAGGUUGUAGACGAGCGAUCUACUGACAUUUGUGGCACCAACAGUUUUCCCAAAAAAAUUGAUCCCUUGAACGCACUCUGAAAUUUAGUUAAUUCUUAGCCCUGCAAGACUUAGAGUUAUAUUCUCUGGCAGGAAGAAGCAAAAGAUAUAGAGAGAUAAAGACGUAUUCGCACUCGAGAUGGCUUUGUAUCAAAUCAUCCUUAAAAUUAAGGUGCCUUGAAAAGCUUUCAGGGAUAGUUGUUCCGCUAACCUUAAGAGCCGUUCUCUCUGUGAAAUAAUUCCAGUAAGUUAUGAUUAAAGAGAGAUACGAAAUAGAGACUUCGAUAUGAUUUUCUGUUUUCUUUAUUCAUUGGGCAGGUCUAGCUUUUUAUAUUUGUUGUGUUGUUUUUUUAAAUUUCAUUUCAGUUCAUUGUGCGAAGAAAUCUAGUCCAUCAGUUGACUCAAGCUUGUUCAUUGCCAGGCUGUGGAACAGAGGUUUGGUAUCUGUUGGCUUUUCUAAGCCUAGCAGUGUUCCCCGGCAAACAGCAGUGAAACAGGCAAAACGACAACAGUAUCAGCGAUUUGCAGAUGUACCAAUCAGUGUGUUUGAGAUAUUUGCACAGAUAAACAAAACUGGUCCG